CCGUCACCCGCUUCAGGCUGGUUGUUGAGUUCCGGGACCUCAGGAUCCCGGCCCUUGCGACUUUUCCAGUCCCCUACCUUUUAGAGUGGUGGAGAUGGUUCGAUGAAUUCUCCGACGUUGUAUUGCUUUCCUCUUAUUUUCUUUUGCUUGCUGUGGUUUCUCCGCCUUCUUUCCCUCACCUUUUAAAACUUAGUGUUUUGCUUUCUAACUGGAGUUACUGGGCUUCGUACCUGUUACUCCUUUGCCUUAAGUGUACCUGCCAGUCCCACUCAUCUAAAGCUAUUCGACCCCUUUGCCUUGAAUGGACCUAGGAAGAACCGUCAGUACUCCUUUUCCCUUCCUGGUGGACAGCCAUUUAAAAAACUUGGGGAAUAAGUCUAUGUUCUAAGCCUCUAGAUGGUGAAGUUCUUAGAUGUUUCUUUUUCAGUGGACAGAACUGAUGACCUGGAACAUUCCAACAACUGCAAGUCUUGUCUCUCUCCUUGUCUGAUUCUGUUUGGGCGACGACACGGGACCAAAGACAGCUGCUGCAUAUUCCAAGACGAGCCCUAAAAACAAGGGAAGCCAGUCAACUUUAAAAUAUGAAGGAAAAAUUCAGAAAAUAAUCAUAAAGCAACUUUAAAACAUGAAGGAAAAAUCCAGAAAAUAAUCAUAAAGCAUUCCUUGGAGAGAGUUUCAAAACAUGAACAUGAAAUAACAAGCCCCCUUCAUUGUGCUCAGGUGCUGUACUUGGUACUUUACUGCAUUGUCUCAUUCACUCCUAACUGCAAACCAAUGAAGAAGGAGCCUUUACACUUCGAUUUUGAAGAGGAAACUCUAGCCUAGGGAAGGAGAUGUUUCACAAAGCAGAAGAAUUUUUAUCCAAAACAACUGAUAGUGAGAUGGAUGAGAUGGACACGUCAGAUACUCAGUGGGGCUGGUUUUACUUGGCAGAAUGUGGGAAGUGGCACAUGUUUCAGCCGGAUACCAACAUUCAGUGUUCAGUUAGCAGUGAAGAUAUCGAAAAAAGCUUCAAAACAAAUCCUUGUGGCUCCAUUUCUUUUACUACUUCCAAAUUCAGCUACAAGAUAGACUUUGCAGAAAUGAAGCAAAUGAAUCUCACCACUGGAAAAGAGCGCUUAAUAAAAAGAGCCCCUUUUUCUAUCAGUGCUUUCAGUUACAUCUGUGAAAAUGAGGCUAUCCCCAUGCCACCACACUGGGAGAAUGUGAAUACUGAAGUACCUUAUCAGCUUAUUCCUUUGCACAGUCAAACACAUGAAUAUAAUGAAGUCGCUAGUCUCUUUGGGAAAACAAUGGAUCGCAACAGAAUUAAAAGAAUUCAGAGAAUUCAAAACCUAGACUUGUGGGAGUUCUUUUGCAGGAAAAAGGCCCAGCUUAAGAAGAAAAGAGGUGUGCCUCAGAUUAAUGAACAAAUGCUAUUUCAUGGUACCAGCAGUGAAUUUGUGGAAGCAAUUUGUAUUCAUAACUUUGAUUGGAGAAUUAAUGGUAUACAUGGUGCUCUCUUUGGAAAAGGAACCUAUUUUGCUAGAGAUGCUGCUUACUCCAGUCGCUUCUGCAAAGAUGACAUAAAACAUGGAAACACAUUCCAAAUUCAUGGUGUAAGCUUGCAACAGCGGCAUCUAUUUAGAACAUAUAAAUCUAUGUUUCUUGCUCGAGUGUUAAUUGGAGAUUACAUAAACGGAGACUCCAAAUACAUGCGACCUCCUUCUAAAGACGGUAGCUAUGUGAAUUUAUAUGACAGCUGUGUGGAUGACACCUGGAAUCCAAAGAUCUUUGUUGUGUUUGAUGCCAACCAGAUCUAUCCGGAGUACUUAAUAGACUUUCAUUGAUUUUACUUCUAAAUCUCAGUGGUCACAGAAGUUCUAUUAAUUUUUUUGCAGGAAGAUUUGCUCUCCUGUCAUCUAGCCACUAAAUGUUAAUUAUCUGGUACCUUUGAAACAGAUAUGAAAAAAAGUGGCCUCCAUAUAAAAAGACAUACUGACUUUAAGGUUGGUUUUUUGCUGUUUUGUUUUUGUUCGUUAUUCACAGUCUUGUUUGUUAAAGAUCGAUACCAUUGCCAUUUAACACCUAGGGGGAAAAGAUAACCGCUCAAAUUGAAUCAGCUGAGUCUCAGUGAACAUGAACAUUUAGAAUUUUUAAAGUUUAUAUGGGUGUUAUCAGGAUAAAUGUUUUCAACUCAAAUGGACUUAUUCAUAUACAUGUUCAAAAAAUAAAAAUGUAGACACAAAUGUAUCCCUUCAGAGAAGUGGAUCCUUUGUAAACUGAAUUCUGAUAUUGUUCACCAAUCAAUAUGUUGCCUUGUUGGUAUUCUGAAGAGGGGAUCUGAAACCUUGAAGCUGUGUGAGUACCUUAAGAGAAGUAAGAAAUAAGAAAAUUAUUUGCAGUGCUGCCAAACAAGCAAGAAAGAGACAAUCAAGGUAGAGUGCCCCACUUUCAGUGGCCUUAGGAUAGCAAGCCACAGUCUCAGACUUGCUCGUGCUCUCUUGUCGCCGACAUCCGAAUUGAGAAAUGCUGCAGACUGGAAUUAGCGUACCGGUUCGUCCACCAGGGCUCUUGAAUUCUUAUACCAGGACUUGCUGCACAAGGUGUUUAUUGCAUCUUUAUUUAUUAUUCAAAACACUUUAUUUUCCCAUUGUUUUGGGGUCCCUAUAAUGACUACUUCUAAGAUGUUUUUUUAUCUGCUUCCCCACCACCACACACAGUUAUUUAACAAUGAUUUAUAAAAUUCACAUUUCUAAGUUGUAUCUCCCCAUUUUGAAUCAUUGCAGAAAGCAUGGGAGGCAUGGAGCAAAUCUGGUUUAUUCCUUUGAGUAGCAAUCGACAAUCUGCUAACUCUCUUGAAAAGUUGGAUACAAUUCAUAAUUACAUUUAAUGGAAGUUUGUUUACCUGUUCCAUCUGUUUUGCUAUUGUAUUCUAAGGAGAAAUAAGUAAUGUUGCAACCACUUCCUGCCCUGAAAGGUGUUCUAGCAGAUGCUGGACAACAACUUGGCAGAGAUAUUACAUAGGCGUCCAGGUAUCACAUGGGGGAAUUGGCCAUAUGAUUAAGAGUUUUUCCAACCUUGAUUAUCCAUGAGUCUAUGUGGAAAAAAAAAAAAAAGAACACUUGUAUCAAGCCUUUCCAAGAAAACCUUUUUCUGUUCAGUCUAAUACUGAAUUCUCUCUCCAUUAUCCUCACCCAGUAUUGGCUGAGAAUAGUGAAUAUAAUUUAAGUUCUCAAGAAAAAUCCAGUAAAUGUCCAUGUCUGUAUUCUUUACUUCAGUCAUUUGAAUUGGCAAGGCAUCUAGAAAUAAUAAAAAUAAAGAGUAUGGAACAAAAUUAUGUAUGGUAAUUCUUCAACUGCCGUAUAUCCCCACGUGUUUAUUAUAGCUCAGAAUACUGGUAACCAUGCAGUUGAAAGUAAGUAGUACACAGGAAGUUGCAUGUAUAAUACUUUGAAACCAAGCGACAAUUUCCUGACUCAGAUAUGCAGACUAUAACAGCCGGUUUUGAUGAAGUGCUGUGAAUAUUUAGAAAGAACACAUUUUAGAAACACGCCAAGGUCAUCAUGGAAAUAACUGGAGGAAACGUCCCUAGGCUGCCUUGUGAGAGGUAGCACACCAUUGCUGUAGCCUCAUUCACCAAAUACAUUGUUAGAGACGUUAAGAAUUCAGAUUUUGAAAAUCAUCUUGUACUAUUUAUUUGUUAUCUACAUACCAAAAAUAUUAAAAUAAUCCCUACUUCCACAUGGCUGUCUUUUUUUCCAAUUUAACACAGUCUCCUCUCCCAUCACUUGAAUGGAAUAACUAUUGUAGCAUUUGGGGUUUAUUUUUCUAUUAGACAUGUGCCGAUCUUAUCUCAAUGUGAGUAAGAUUUACAAGGCAAUCUGUGUGGACUCUGAACUUAACUGGUUGGCCUAUGUAGUUAAGUAGAAUGCACUGCAAUAGACAGUGUAAGAAAGAACAGUUAUUCUUAUCUGAGAAUUUACUGCCAACUUCUCUCUUAUAAGAAAGAGUCAAUUUUGAUAAAUUUUAUAAUGUGAUAGUGUUGAGUUAAUUGAUGUUAAAAUUUAAUUUCUUUGUUUUGAUCAGUAGAUCGAGAAUCAUAAAAUCAGUAUAUUAUAUAUACUGGACUGGAUACAACCAUCUGUCAUCUUUUCCUCUUGUCAUCACAUAGUAUGGGUGGGAGAGUCAAGAGAAGACAUUCCAGAUUAAAGAAUAAAUGAUUUUAGACAUGCUACAUUGAAUAAAUUCCAGCUGAUAGUGACUUUUUCACUUUGGUGAUAUCAGCCUUAGGGUAAAAAAAAUGUGUUUAUAAGAAACAGUUUCAUUAAUCUUGUAGUUAUGAACAAGAAGGUUUUGUAUUAGUGCAGCUUUCAUUUCUAGACUGUUAUGGUGAUGACGAUAAAGAAUUUGGACUCAUUUUUGAUAUUUGAAAAUACUAUUUUUACAUGUGGUGAUUAAAGCUUUCCAUAGCA